ACUAACAUCAUCAACAACAUUAAGUUGCCAGUUUAAAUAGAGAGAGGGUCUAGAGUAAUGGAGAAGAACAUUAAGUUUCCUGUUGUAGACUUGUCUAAGCUAAAUGGUGAAGAGAGAGACCAAACCAUGGCUUUGAUCGACGAUGCUUGUCAAAACUGGGGCUUCUUCGAGCUGCUAAACCAUGGAAUACCAUAUGAUCUCAUGGACAACAUUGAGAGGAUGACCAAAGAACAUUACAAGAAAUUUAUGGAACAAAAGUUCAAAGAAAUGCUUCGUUCCAAAGGUUUAGAUACCCUUGAGACUGAAGUUGAAAAUGUUGAUUGGGAAAGUACUUUCUUCCUUCACCAUCUCCCUCAGACUAACCUCUACAACAUCCCUGAUAUGUCUGACGAAUACCGAGCGGCCAUGAAGGACUUUGGGAAGAGGCUAGAGAACUUAGCGGACGAACUCUUGGAUUUGUUGUGUGAGAAUCUAGGGUUGGAGAAAGGGUACUUGAAGAAGGUGUUUCAUGGGACAAAUGGUCCAACUUUUGGGACAAAAGUUAGCAACUAUCCACCAUGUCCUAAACCGGAGAUGAUCAAAGGUCUUAGGGCUCACACAGAUGCUGGAGGCCUCAUAUUGCUAUUUCAAGAUGAUAAGGUCAGUGGUCUUCAGCUUCUCAAAGAUGGUGUUUGGGUUGAUGUCCCUCCUCUCAAGCACUCUAUUGUCAUCAAUCUUGGUGACCAACUUGAGGUGAUAACAAACGGGAAGUACAAGAGCAUAAUGCACCGUGUGAUGACGCAAAAAGAAGGAAACAGGAUGUCUAUCGCGUCAUUCUACAACCCUGGAAGUGAUGCGAAGAUCUCUCCUGCACCAUCUCUCGUGGAGAAAGGCUCUGAUUAUCCGAGUUUUGUGUUUGAUGACUACAUGAAGCUCUAUGCUGGAGUCAAGUUUGAGCCAAAGGAGCCACGUUUUGAGGCGAUAAAGAAUGUUGCAGCAACAAAGGAUUUGAACCCGGUGGUCACCGUGGAGACAUUCUAAAUGGAUGUGGGAGUUUCUCUAUGAAGGCAAGAAAGAUGAGAAGAUGGGGUUUCAUAUGUGCUUGGGUAAUAAUAUUAAUAAGUAUUGAAGUUAAUGUUAUUAAAAUCAAGAACUAAGUUGUGAUCACUGAUGCUACUGGUGUGAUUAAGUGUGGGAAUGUUUAUGCAAUAAUUAUGUGUGUACUACACUACAA